AUGGAUCUAUGCGAAACGAUCAAGUCUAUUUUAACUAAAAAAGCUCAAGAAGAUUCUACUGAUCGUACUUCAUGGCCUGCCUUGUGUAUCGGCCUUCUUCAAGAGGAAGUCACAAAUUCUACAAAUUCCGAAGAUACAAUACACCUUAAUCAAUGUAUACAGUCUCUUAUUAAUUCAUCGAAAGCUCAAAAAUCUUGUUUCGAUAAAGGGGUUCUUGAACGACCUUUUUAUUUGGCUUUAGUAGAAAUGCUCUCAUUUUGUCUUGAAAAUGGUGGUGAAUUUCCUCAAAAUUUAAAAACGAGUAAAGUUUUUAUGCUCGAAAACACUAAUUUAUUAAGAUUGAACGAAAUUGAACAAGAAAUGAAGCAUAUAAUUAGUUCUUGGAAUGGAAUUCCUCUUAUGUUUGAAGAAUUUCAUCGUAAUUCCCUUAAUGAUUUUUUCUUUAAGUUUUUAACUCCAAAAGACCUAAACACUUUCCUUGGCCUUCGUACAACUCUUGGAUCCGCUAUUCAACUUCCACCAUCACUAUCAGAAUGCCUUGCUGCUUUUACACAUUGUUAUGUAAAAAAGAACUCCAAGCCAGUUCGAGCAUCUAUCUCAAAUAUACUUACAGUUGGUGCUAAGGCUUUUUCUAAACAUUGUCAUAGAGACACUAGUGGAUCUUUUUGGGGUGUUUGUAGCGGAUCUGAAAAACAAAAAAACGAACAAGCUAAUAAAGUUCUGGCUAAAAUAUUGACAAAUGCAGCGUGGAUUAAUUUACAUUCACUACCGCACGAUACACGUGUUUUUGAAGUUCGCAACCUUGAUGGAUAUGGAGCUCGUUGGGAAAUUCAUGAACCUCAAUACCAGCAAUUGCAAUCGCAAAUGGAUUCAAGUGGUACCGCAAACUCUAUUAAUAGUAAUAAUGGCACAAAUAUCAUGUUUCGUGGAUUUUUGGAACCUCAAAUGAAAGAUGGGCAUAGCAAAGGAUGGAUUCAUUAA